CUCUCUGCUAGCAGACAGCAGAAGACCAGCUGCUGUGAUUAUCCCGCCGUUUCCUGCUGGAAGAGCCGCCCGGCCGCUUCACGGAGAUCCGGGGAUACCCUUCAGCUCCUGGGAUGGGUCCGGGAUAAGUCAGCUCUCUUCCGGAAAGGAAUGCUUCCGAUCAGGGACAGCAAACAUGAACUGGAGAGUGUGGUCAAAACUCUGCUGUGGCCCAAGAUGGAUUGUUCUCCUUUCUCCUCUCUUCCUCCUCUUCCUCAUGAUCUUUGUGAUGGCGGUCACUUUGCCCCUCCCUGUGCCGCCCGCUGAUGUCAACCGGCGGCCAUCCAAAGCUCUGAGCGCAGCGGGGAAGUUGAAACCCAGGGCAGUGGAGCCCGCAGCGCUCAGCGGCGUCCAGCAGCCUGCUCCUCACAUCCACAGCAGGACCUGGAGACGUAGCUCUGGGAAGGAGAUGUCCACACACUCAGCACUACUAAAGCCUGUAGCGAAGUCUGCAGGGGCUGUUAAAGUCAGGACUCAUCCUGACUUUCAUAACAAGAAGCAAAGCAGCCAAGACAUGGCGGAUGUAUUUGCUCACUCUCAGCUUUCUGACUUUACAGGCAACAACAUGGAGCCUCAGCGCAGAACUAAGCCGAGCAGACACACUGCAGUGGUGAAGCACACUCUACACACACACACUCAUCUCAAAGGAAAUGUUUCCACAGCAGACCACAAGUCUUCCGCGGCAGACACCAUAAAAAGUGUCCAAAGAGCUGCUCACAGACACAAACAUCAGGUCGCAGUCAGACAGACGACUGACAGCCAGACCAGGCAGAAGCAAAACCAACGUCACACAGCUUUGGAAAGACACGGAAAAGCUCCAAAGCACUCUGGGAAACCUGCCAGUGUGGGUAAGGAGGAAAUGCCCUCUAGUGAUCUGAGAGAGGAUCGUCAUUUGUCACUGGAUGACAGAGAGGAAGUCGAAGCCACCGCUCACCAGGGUGACAGGGACUGGUGUCAGGGCCUCACAGAGUUGGACUUUUCAGACGCUGACCAAAGGAAGAUCAGGGUGGGUGGAGACUGGCAGCAUGUGCACUGGCUCAGCAGGGACGACAUAGAGAAGAUGGAGCUCCUGGCUGGUGGGGAAGUUGUCAGUAAGAGCAGGGUGCCGGCUCAUGGACAAGUCCUCCAAGUGGCGCUAGGUCUGCCUGCAAGUCACCAGAACAUCCCAGCGCUGAGGGAUUCACAGCAGCAUGGAGCCGGGCACAGCGGCCGCUGCCAGCGGGGGCUUUGCUCCCUGGUCAAACGCCCUGACGACUGGUUUGAGGUGUUUGCUUUCCACCUGGACAGAGUCCUCGGACUCAACAGAAGUCUGCCGGCAGUUCUCAGAACCUUCCGCGAACCCAUUCUGCCCUACAGAUUCACUGACGGUGAGCCGAGGCCGGCGGUUUGGUGGAACCCGGACAUUCAGCAUCUGGAUGAUAAGGACAGCGACCAGAACUCAGUGCCUCUCAGCUGGGUCCAGUACCAGAAGCUGCUGCGGGCCCGGUGUGGGAACCAAACAGGCCUGAGCUCAGAGCCAUGUGUGGGGGUUCUGCAUGCAGAGUGGGGAAGACUGGCUCUGUUUGACUUCUUAUUACAGGUAAACGACCGUCUGGACAGGAACUGCUGUGGGUUUACACCCGAUCCAGCAGAACUCUGUGUGGAGAACCGUCUGAAUGUUAAGUGUGGCAACAGCAAGGAGCUGCAGCUGGUUCACAUCCUGGUGAGGAAGACGGAUCCUUCCAGACUCGUGUUCAUAGACAAUGCUGGCAGACCAAAGCAAUCCAGCAGCAACCUCAACUUCAGGCUGCUUGAGGGCAUUGAUGAGUUUCCAGAGAAAGCUGUGUCCGUGCUCCGCUCUGGCUGCCUGGAACAUCUGCUACUGCGCUCCCUCUAUGCAGACAAGGAGUUCUGGGAAAGCCGUGGCGGAUACACGGCUCUCAGGCCUCUGGUCCGGCUGGUGGAGCAGAGGGGGCACUACAUCCUCCAGCACAUCAGAGACAAGAGGAUACAUCUCAGGAGGGACCUGUGACUCGGCUGGACCGAGCAAACUGGAAUAGGAAGCUGAACUCAUGUCUAUGAAUAUGACAGCAUUUCCUCAAUGUGACCAAAGGUUGACGACUGUGGAGAACAACAGACCAAAUUCAGUUUGGCUUUAAGUCAGUUUAGCACCAAUAUAAACAUAUCAUCUCACAAAAAAGUCGACUAAAUUCAAUUAUGCGUUUCAAUUCAUUCUAAUUAUCAAACAAUGCAGUCCAAUUCAGUUUUAUUAUUCAAAUUAGUCUAAAAAGUUUUCAAUCUAAAGAAAUCCAGUGGAUUGCUUCGAGUCACUCACUGUGUUUCCAUUCGUCAGAAAAACCACAAUUUAGCAAUUAUGGUGUGUCCAUUAAGUAAAAAACUCAGUUAAAAUCACACAUGAAUAAGUUUGUUCACGUGAUAACUCAUUAACAAACAUGUAGCGUCGUCAUCAUCUAACCACUUACUGUGGUCUUUGUUGUUUGCGCCAGUGGCAAAAUCCGGUUGUUGAUCAUGUGACUUGUGUGACGCAAAAAAAGUGUUUCGAUUGCAGUUUUGACAGUUAAGCCAAUUGUGAUACAACCAAAAAGAACAAACGCCUCACCCUAACAUCAAAACUUCCCAAAAACAAGUUUUUUUUCAAAAUCGGUGUGUUUUUAUUAAUCAGACUUAUUUCUAAAUUGUCAAAUUGCACAAUUUUAUGGUUAGUAGAAAUACAGCCGCAUUUCCAUUUAACAUUUGGAAAAAAAAUUUGCUUAGUGGAAACAUGCCAAUUUUGGGGAAAAAAACAAAUACAUUUUUUGAAAAAAACCUUCUGCUCUAGCUGUAUUGAAAUUAGUGUGUUUCGCAAAACUGCAAGAGAAACAGUUUUUCCGCAUCACACGUCACAACCAGAUCCAGAUGUUGCCACUGGUGCAAACCAUGAAGAAGACAACGGCAGUCCAAACGAAAAAAAGUCCAAAUCCAAAAUAAAAACUCAUAACGAAACCAGCUGGUGGCAGUAACUAGAUAUGACUGAGAGCUGGCAUAUGGAGAUAUUUAAGCAGACGAGCUGAUUAAUGAACAGGUGCAGGGUUUCCCCCUGUGUGUUAUAGGCCUGGCAGCCCACCAUGCUGACAGGAAGAAGUUGGCUGCAUGUUUUUAAUGACUUAUCGCGUCAACAAACUUAUUCACGUGUGAUUUCAAUUGCGUUUCUUAUUCAAUAAAAACAUUGCAAUUGCGAAAUUGCGGGGUGGGGGGUUUAUAUCGACAAAGUUUUGUGCAUAUUUGGAAAAAUCUCUUACUUAACAGUGUGAACGGCUGUCUGCCACAGUUGACUGGGGGUUUGAGAAGACAGAACAGAUACACUAAGAAAGAAACAGAUGAGCUGAUCCAGGUGUGCUUUUCAUGUUAAAGAAAAGUAAAAAGGUAAUGGCAGUAGUAGCUCCUUUAGUGGCUUCAUCAAGGAGAGGAAAAUAUUUUACAGAUAAGCUUUUAAAGCCUUUAGAGGCUAUGUGACAAAAGCUCUGAUCACAGCUUUGUCCAUGAGAGAGACAGGUUUUAACAACAAUAACAGAGUUUGUUUAGGCAGUAGCUCCUUUGGUUGCUUUUUGUAGAAGACAGACAAGGUCAACCUCUGAAAGACAGGGUCAACAGCAUCAUCUAUAGGAGAAGGUGAAGUUAUUGGCAGUAACUCAGCCGAUGUGGCACAGCUAAGCAGAUCAGACCAGAUGUAGCUUCUACAAAAAGAUAACAUAAAGUUGAAAUAACAGUAAAAAUAAACAAAGACCCAUUACAUCCAGUUCACAGAUAUCCCCGUUUCUGCAUGUAUUUAUCUAUUUAUUGUGUUGUGCUGGAGGCAGUCAGUGUCUGGCUUGGAUGCCUGUUUUUAUGAGAUAAGCUUUUAAUCAAAGGAUUAAAAAUGGCUGUCAGAAAACUGUUUCUGGACCAAAUCCCAGCAGCUUUGGGAUGAAGAUGGACCCAAAUGUGAAUUUUUUUUUUACAUUUUCUUUUUUUCUUUUUUGUGUUAAAAUGCACAGCAUUGCACAAAGCCAUAAUUGAAAAAUAAUAAACAAAUAAAUAAAUAAGCGACUGGCUAAAAAUGUAGUUGUUAAGAGAGUGAAUGAAGCAGAGGCAUUUUUUGUCAGAAUUACACUUUCUGUUCUAAGUGUAAUUCUAAAGAUGAACUGUCACACAACUUUUUUUUAAAAUAUCAUGCGCUAAUGAAAAGUCCAGAUUGAUUUUUUUUUAAACUCAGAUUAAAAAUUCCAGUCAUUCUCCAGUUUGUGGCUUAGUGAUAUUUUCUGUGUCAUCUCUGAAUAAAUGCUCUGAAUGAGA